CACGACGAGGAAACACACGUCGUUGUGUUUUUGGAAAAGGCACUCCAGGCGGCACGAGUAAGUCACGUUGCUGCAUGCACCUAUAAGUUUCCCAACACGAACCCUCAGGAGUUUGUGGUCUUAGCUGCUACCUUUGAGGGCGUGGGAGCGUCGGGGUACCUGGGUGCAGCUCUUUUGGUGAGGUCGAAGACUUACUUGGCGGCAGCUGCUUCCAUUCUAGUGACAGAGGCAAUUCACCAAAGUGCACUCCGUAACGCUGCUGGCGAGGUGCCUAUGGCCAACCCAUUUGGAACACCUUUGGGCAUUAAUGCGGUGUACUCCAUAGCAUCUGCAUUCAUUGGGUCCUGUACUUCGUCAAACGCUCCUUUGCCUGUCAAAGCUUGUCCCGGCCUGUCAAAGCUUAUUCCGGCCUCACUGUCACGCAGGGCAUGCCAGUCGCUGAGAACAUUUCAGUCAUUUUCUGUUGCCGGUCAACUUGCAUUGUGGUACCCUGUUUAUUACACUUGA